CUCCUUUUCUAAUGGACUGUUCCGUUGUCAUUUAAAAUAACGCAUAAUACUUGUAGUGGCAGGCAAGUUUUGUUUACCUGCGGUCUGAUACGCCUCGUUGAGUUCAAGUUGAAAGAAAUCUAUUUUGUUCUUCUCAGGGCUGAUAUUUGGAGAUGACUUCAGGCUACCGAAAACCCAACACCAUUUCCAACCAGAGGAAAAAGGCAGAUCCUAAACCAGACUUGACAGAGGAACAAAAGCAGGAGAUCAGAGAGGCCUUUGACUUGUUUGAUACAGAUGGCUCAGGAACAAUUGACGUGAAGGAACUCAAGGUUGCCAUGCGUGCCCUUGGCUUUGAACCAAAGAAAGAAGAGAUCAAGAAGAUGAUUGCAGACAUCGACAAGGAGGGAUCUGGGACCAUUGAUUUUAAUGACUUUCUCUGUAUGAUGACACAGAAAAUGAAUGAAAAAGACUCAAAAGAAGAAAUCCUAAAGGCUUUCCGCUUAUUUGAUGAUGACGGCACAGGCAAAAUUUCCUUCAAAAAUCUCAAGAGAGUUGCCAAGGAUCUUGGCGAAAACCUGACAGAUGAGGAAUUGCAGGAAAUGAUUGACGAAGCAGACCGAGAUGGAGAUGGAGAGAUCAAUGAGCAGGAGUUUCUAAGGAUAAUGAAGAAGACAAGUCUAUAUUGAAUGUCUUAUGUUUCCCAACGUUUAUUUUCCACUGCUGGAACGCUCUCACUUAGAUUCCUUAGAUUAUUUUAAGGGUACUUUAUGAUAUAGCAUUUAGUGGCUUUUUUAAACAGAUCUAUACACAGAUUUUUUUAUAUUUUAGAAUUGUGUAUAUUUUUGUAUAAAUCAUAGCUUUUAACUUAGUUAUAGUCUCCUCUUUACCAUGGAAGUGAAAUUAUAUUGUUUAUUCCAAGGAGCCUUGCACCUAACAUUACUGUAUGGCUCCUAUGGCUAUUUGGUUCCCUCUUGUGACACAUGAAAUAAAGUGCAGCUGUAAUUGUCUUA